UUCCCAAUCAUCCCCUACGACUCUUGUCUUCGGACUCCAUUUUGCCCAAGAUGCCUCCCCGGAAGCAGUGGAUCGACAAGAAAAACGCAACCACCUACCAACUCUUCCACCGCUCCCAACAUGACCCGCUCAUCCACGACCCCAGCGCUGACGACCGCGUGCUGGCCCCGGUAUCCGGCCCGGCCCCCAGCAGCAGCAGCACGUCCGACGCCCACCGGGGCCAGGAUCUCGCCACGCUAAGCCGGCAAUUCGGAACCGGCGCGGUCCGCAAGAACGAAGGCGAGGCAGCCAACUACGGCAUCUUCUACGACGACACCAAAUAUGACUACAUGCAGCAUCUGCGGGAGCUGGGCACAGGCGCGGGCGACGCGCACUUCGUCGAGGCCAAGAACCCGGCCGCCGGCGCCGGGAACAAGGGGAAGAUGAAGCUGGAGGAUGCGCUGCGGCAGGUGUCGCUGGACGAUGAGCAGCGGAGUGAGUUUGGCGGCAGCUACGCGCCCAGCGAGAUGCACUCGACCGCGUCGACGUAUUCGCGGAAGCCCACCUACCAGGAUCAGCAGAACGUGCCGGACGCGAUCGCGGGCUUCCAGCCUAACAUGGACCCGCGGCUGCGCGAGGUGCUGGAAGCGCUGGAGGACGAGGAGUAUGUCGAUGAGGACGAUAAUGAGGAUGUCUUCGGGCAGUUGACUACCCGCGCUGAGGAGAUUGAUCAGGGCGAUUGGGAGGAUACGCUGUAUGAUGAAUUCGACGAGGAGGAUGAGGGGUGGGAGUCUGAUGCGACGGAGAAGGCGCCCGUGCAGACGGAUACGACGGCCGCGAAGGCGCAGUACGAGAAGAGGGCUGGUGCCGAUGAUGCCGAGAUGCCCGAACAUGAUGCCCCCGCGCCGGACAUGCAUCCCGAGGACCAGGGCUGGAUGCGCGAGUUCGCCAAGUUCAAGAAGGAUGCGAAGUCGGGCGCCAAGCCCCCGGUCCCGGCCGCGGCUCCCAGUGUGGUGCCCUCUGAGCAGCAGAGUACGCUGGCGUCGACGGUGUUCACCGUGGGCGGCACGCCGAUUCGCCGCAAGAAGCGCAAGGGCGCGUUGACGAACCCUUCGGCCUACUCGAUGACUUCGUCCGCCUUGGCGCGCACGGAGGGCCAUCGGUUGCUGGACGAUCGCUUUGACCGCGUCGAGCAGCUGUACGCUCUGGACGAGGAGGACGAGUUCGACGACAGCAUGUCCAUGGUCAGUGGUAUGACGGGCAUGACUGCCAUGACAGGCAUGUCGGCCAUUUCCGAGGCCCCCAGUCUGGUCGAUGCCAAUGGCCAGACCGUCAACCCCCGCCACAACUUCACCUCCGUCAUGGACGACUUCCUGGCUGGCUGGGACGACAACACCGGUGCCCAGGCGAAGCGCAAGGGCGUCAAGUACAAGCGUGGUAAGCACGGCAACGAGGCGAUCGGUAUCCAGAUGCUGGACGAGGUGCGCCAGGGUCUGGGCCCAGCGCGGGUCGGUGGUAGCUCUGGACGAGUCUCUGGACGGGCAUGAGGUGGGAUCAGAGGGUGAUUCUUUACUGCUUCUGCUUCUGCUGUGUGUGUGCAUGCUUUCAACGAUUGCGACGAUACCUUUACUCAUGGCAUGUUCUGGCUGGAAAAAAAGAUUUGUGGGCUUUUCUAAUAGGCGUCUCGGUGUGAUUGUUAUUCUGCCCCAUCUUCCAUAGUAGAUAGAGUCUGUUUCGAUUUCCAAAAGUCUCAAAUCGGUCGCUUCUUCAAAUUUCAUAUCCCGAAUAUGGCUGGAUGCCUAGACAUCCUCCGCAUAUUCAUUCAUGC